AUGGGCAUGAAACACUCCUCCCGCUGCCUGCUCCUAAGGAGGAAAAUGGCGGAGAACGCAGCCGAGAACACCGAGGUGAGCAGUCUCCCCUCGCAGCCCCCGCAGCCCGUUGUCCCACCCAAGCCUGUGCAAUGUGUCCAUCACGUGUCCACUCAGCCCAGCUGCCCAGGACGGGGCAAGAUGUCCAAGCUGCUGAACCCGGAGGAGAUGACCUCGAGAGAUUAUUACUUCGACUCCUACGCCCACUUUGGGAUCCACGAGGAGAUGCUGAAGGACGAGGUGCGGACGCUCACUUACCGGAACUCCAUGUACCACAACAAGCACGUGUUCAAGGACAAAGUGGUGCUGGACGUUGGGAGUGGUACCGGGAUCCUCUCCAUGUUUGCUGCCAAAGCGGGGGCCAAGAAGGUGUUCGGGAUUGAAUGCUCCAGUAUUUCUGACUACUCAGAGAAGAUCGUUAAGGCCAACCACCUGGACAACAUCAUCACCAUAUUUAAAGGUAAAGUGGAAGAGGUGGAGCUGCCUGUGGAGAAGGUAGACAUCAUCAUCAGCGAGUGGAUGGGCUACUGUCUGUUCUAUGAGUCAAUGCUCAACACGGUGAUCUUUGCCAGGGACAAGUGGCUGAAACCUGGAGGGCUUAUGUUUCCAGACCGGGCAGCUUUGUACGUGGUGGCAAUUGAAGACAGACAGUACAAGGACUUCAAAAUCCACUGGUGGGAGAAUGUCUAUGGCUUUGACAUGACCUGCAUCCGGGACGUGGCCAUGAAGGAGCCCCUGGUGGACAUCGUGGAUCCAAAGCAAGUGGUGACCAAUGCCUGUUUAAUAAAGGAGGUGGACAUUUACACGGUGAAGACGGAAGAGCUGUCGUUCACGUCGGCCUUCUGCCUGCAGAUCCAGCGCAAUGACUACAUCCACGCCCUGGUCACCUAUUUUAACAUUGAAUUUACCAAGUGCCACAAGAAAAUGGGGUUUUCCACAGCCCCUGAUGCCCCCUACACCCACUGGAAGCAGACCGUCUUCUACUUGGAAGACUACCUCACUGUCCGGAGAGGGGAAGAAAUCUACGGGACCAUAUCCAUGAAGCCAAAUGCCAAAAAUGUGCGAGACCUCGAUUUCACAGUAGACUUGGAUUUUAAGGGCCAGCUGUGUGAAACAUCUGUAUCUAAUAACUACAAAAUGCGUUAG